UAGUGUCCGACUCUCUCUAGGAACAGGAAGCAAUAAAACUUCUUAACCGGAAGCGGACCGGAAGUGAACCAGCAGUGUCGACAGUAUGUGUACAUCUAUGUACUGUUCGUGUACAGACUACGGACCUGUACAAGUUUAAGGUGUAGAAUAAAACUCUGAAAAGAUGAUGAAUCUGAAGUGUGUUAUCUCUCUAUUUUUCCUGUUCUCUGCCAAAGGAGUAUUGAGUUUAAGAUUGGUCUCAUUCUCAGUUCCCGAUCAUGCUAUUCAGGGCGAAGAUAUAGAGUUAAUUUGUAAAUAUGAUCUAGAAGGGGAUAAACUCUACUCUGUUAAGUGGUACAGAAACGGUCAAGAGUUUUACAGAUAUAUACCAACAGAUAGUCCUUCUACGGUAGUCUUCAAACAGGAAGGACUUAAUAUACAUGAGUUAAAAAGUACAGAGAGUCAGCUGAUUAUCAGGAAUGUCAACCUCAUGAUAACUGGACUGUUCCGAUGUGAGGUAUCAGGAGAAGGUCCUCUGUUCAAUACAGCAUCACAGGAAACAGUUCUAGUGGUGGUUGAUCUACCGGAUGGUGGACCUCUUAUCAAAGGAAGCUAUCCGAGAUACCAGGUUGGAGAUGAGCUGAACGUCAGCUGUAGUUCUCCUAACUCUCUACCUGCAGCCCAACUCAAGUGGUAUAUCAACGGAGAAGAAGCGGAUCCAGGAUCGCUGAGCAAUCUGAAGAUUCAUCGAUCUCGAGAUGGACUUGAGACAUCACAGCUAGAUCUCAGAUUUGGGCUGACAGAGAAGCAUUAUAGAAAAGGUGAUCUGAAGCUGAAAUGUACUGCUACAAUUGCUACAAUAUACUGGAAAUCGAACGAGGAGUCAGUGCAGAUUGUUCGAAAGCAAACUGAAUAUUCGCAGUAUAAAUCACAGGUAUGGACAUCGGAAUCCAUAAUCAAGAGCAUAUCAGGUAGUCCUGUGUUUACUGUAUCCAUUCUUCCUCUCUUCUUUCUACCCCUAGCUCUCAGAAUAUUGUAAAUCUACCACGGUUGACAAGGGUCAUUUUGAAUUCGAACCUGACCGACCGCUUGUACCUUCGUUAAGAAAGCGCAGCAAAUACCGACUUGGUUUCUACUUCGAUGGCGCGGCCAGAUAUUUAUUCAGUACAAGACUAAUUUGACUUUAAAAUAUGAGUUUUCAAACUCCUGAUAAAAUAAGAGGUUACAGACUAUAUAUCAGUGAUCUAAAAAGUUAUAUAAUAAGUGAAAUAAAUUCUCGGACAGGCAGCUGUAAGUCAGAGUCUUGAAAGUUAUUAAAGGGACUGUAAACGUAAUUUUGACGCUUACAGUCCCUUUAAAUAGUCACAGUUCUGUUUUGAGAACAUUAUAAAAACAUAUUUUUUAAUAUUUUCGUUUUAAUUGUUACAGUCAGACACAGUUUAAUACUCAUGUAGUCAAAAUAUUUUAUUUUAUUUUCAAAAAAGUUUAAAAAUCAUGAAAUACUCCAAAAUUUAAUCCUUACAUAUUCAUUCAGAUAUUAGUGCUUAUAAAAUAAAACCGGGUAUUAAAAAAAAUCAUUUUAGAUGAUAAAAAAACAUCAAAUUGAGUGAAAAAAUUUCUCUUUUAUUUCGUAUAUUUUCCUUAAAAAUGUUUUAAAUACAAUUUUUUUCCUGAUUGAAAUUGAAAAUUUAAUUUAUGGUUUUAAAACUUACAAAUUCCAUGUGGAAUGUUUGAAAUAUAAUCUAGUCAAAUAGUUUAAAAAAUCAAAAUCGUUUAGCCCCUUCCAAACAAGGGGGGGGGGGAA